AUGGUAAGAAAUACAAUAUUAUCAGCAGUUAGUUUUACUCUCAUUAUUUUCUGUCUCACUUAAGGGUUUUCUGUUUUAGUUCUAAUGACAUUAUAUGUAUUUAUUUAUUUCACAAGGAAAAUAUAUUAACACUUAUGCUAGUUUUCAACACUUGUCCAAGUUGGCUUUUCUAGAUGAUGAUGAUGAUGAUGAUGAUAAUCUCAGCUGCUCUCUGCUCUGAUGAUUGUCAGGCAAGGGCUGAUGGUAUGCUGGAUGAUGAGAGCCAGGCAGCUCAAGCAGAAGGUGAUGGGAGAGGCCACAGGGAGGAGGAGGAGGAGAAGGAGGAGGACGACGACAAUGAAAAUGAUGUGGAGGAGAUAGAGGAAGAUGAGAGAGGUUUGUUUUGGGACUUGGUUUUGUUAUCUAUAAUAGUGCAUUGAUUUGAAAAUAGGAGUGAUGAUGAUAUUGUAAUGCAGUUAUAUGGUAUUUAACUAAUAACUAAUUUAAUAUGCUGAUAUUAUUGUAAACAAAAGCACAGCUUCGCGCAGCUGCAUGUUAAUUAAUUUGGAGCAUUUCAAAGUGUUCUGAGACUGUGCUAUUUUUUAUGAUUCCUGUUAAUGUAUCAGCACCAAGAGGAGGAUGUGCGUUAUACUGUUUUUGUUGUUGUUUGUGUUUGUGAUAGUAUUGUAGACAUAUUGUUGUGACUCAUAUUUCUUUUGUCCUGUCUUGCUUUGUCUUGUCUACCCUAGAUGAUGAGCCAGAACCUCCCAAGAAGAAGUCAGCCAUGGACCAGUUGCUUGGAGGUUUCCUCGCUCCUAGAGCACCAGAGAAGACCAUAAGGGAGAGAGCUAAGGAGGAAAUAACAAAAUACAGGGGGAGGAAUGGGUUAGAUGUCAAUGGUGACAUGUUGCAGUGGUGGAAAGAACAAGUGGAUCUUCCACUGCUUUCAAAAUUGGCCAGGAGCUAUUUGUCCAUCCCUGCAACAAGUGUCCCCUCUGAACGAGUGUUCAGCACAGCAGGUGACAUUAUAACAGCAGAGCGCAGUCGGCUUCUUCCUGAACAUGUGGACCAGCUAAUCUUCCUGAAAAAAAACCUGAAGCAACGCCAUAUGACAUGGAUCACAAAGUGA